AUAAAAUGUAUCAUAGACUUAACCAUAUUAUUAUAGUGACUUAAUCUAUGACCGAAGUCCACUACAACCCUACUAUACAGCAGAGCGAGUUCCCGGUUUUUUUUUUAAAUUAACUUCUACAUUUUUAGUAUGGUGUAAAUAUUACGAACAUUUUAAUGAUUAACAAGAUAUAUAAUUAAUUGUGGUUUAGUUUUAUAUAUACGUAUAUACUUUUAAUUUAUCCAGAGAGCACAGUGAUCAAACUUCUUCAAAUACACAAAUUUCAGUCUCACCUGUACCUGUUGAUGUAGUUCCAAAUCCUGCUCUAACUGAAAAUUGUACACCUGCUAUUUCCCAAGCUGCAAAAGUCUCUUUUUCAUUAUCUCAAGAUGAUGUUAACCUAGCCCAACCAUUAGCUACGUCUAUGGAAUAUGACGUAAAUUCUGAUGUUGAUACGCACAAGCUAGAAACAAGUAUUUCACCUAUCAAGAAUCAUGAACACACUAUAGUUGGACGACGAAUUUUAGAUUUAGCUUAUAUAUGUCAACAAAUUAAAGAAAAAGAUAAUCACGACCCAUACGGUUGCUCAUUUAAGGACAUGGUUUGUGUCAAUGAAAAAAAAAUUGGUUUAAAAUCAUCUUUUGCAUUUAAAUGCAAUUUUUGUCUGAAAACAUAUACAAUUGACUCGGAAAGUUCAGAAGCGAAUAUGACGGAUAUAAAUAUUGCUGCAGUAGCUGGUAUAAUGAAUGUGGGUGGAGGAUUUAGUCAGCUUCAAACUAUGACCGCUUCUUUGGAAAUACCUCCCUUAAGUCAGUUUGUGUACAAUAAGUCACAUGAUAUAGUUUGCAAAUCAUUUAAUGAAUGUGCUCUUAAAGAAAUGGAGGCAGCUGCAAAAGAAGAAGCUCAACUAGCCGUAAGUGCCGGAGACAUAGAUACUGACGGAACUCCCCUUAUUUCAGUAGUUGCAGAUGGAUCCUGGUGCAAACGGUCUUACAGGUCAACUUACAAUUCAUUAUCAGGCGCUGCUGCAAUAAUUGGGUAUAGAACGAAAAAAGUUUUAUUUUUGGGAGUAAAAAAUAAAUACUGUUCAAUCUGUAUUCGUUCUGGUCUUGGUUCAAAAGAAGUUAAAGAACAUUGUUGCACUAAAAAUUGGUCGGAUAAAAAUGGAUCGUCGGGUAUGGAAGCAGCUGUAAUAGUUGAAGGUUUUAAACAAAGUGAACCUAUGUAUGGUAUAAGGUAUCAAAAAUUGAUAGCCGAUGGAGACUCAAGCGUAUACAAAAAAAUUUUAGAAGCAAGGCCUUAUAAAAAUUUAACUGUACAAAAAGUUGAAUGCCGUAACCACCUUCUUCGUAAUUUUUGUAACAAACUUAGAGAUAUAACUACGAAAAAACAAGCAGGUCAAUUAGCUCAUAGAAAAUUGUUAUCACGUAAUAUUCUACGAAUGCGAAAAGGUAUAGUGAAAGCUAUUGAAUAUAGAAAAAAAGAAAAUUCAGUUAUAGGACUCAGAAAUGAUAUUUUAAAUGUUGUCAAUCAUGUUUUCGGUGAUCAUAGUAGUUGCUCAAAAUAUUUUUGUGACAUAACCGACGAUAAUAAUUCAAACGAUAUUAAUUACAUGGAAAAAAUUUUUAGUACAGAUAGAGUGUUUAUAGAUAGCGUAAUGCAACCUAUUAGGUAUCUUGCUAGACAUACUUCAAGCUUGAUACUGAAUGUUGACAGCAAUAUAGUUGAAUCUUUUAAUGCCAUUAUUGCAAAACUUAUAGGAGGGAAAAGAGUGAAUUUUGCUCUAAAAGGGUCAUACGCUGGACGUUGUGCGAUUGCUACAGUUACUAAAAAUUCUAAAAGACCUUUUUAUUCUUUGCACAAGACAAUUUUAAAAAAUAGUCCCUUUAAAAAAUUGCCAUCAGUGAAAAUGGAAAUAACACGACGAGAUAAUCAAUUUCGUCAAAAUAAUCGCUUGACGAAAAAUAAAAGGUUUAAAAAAAAAUUAUUUGGUGUGAAUGACUCAAAUGCUUCAUAUGGAGAAAAUUCAAUGAAACCAGAUAUGAAUGAAAAUGAAUAUAAUAUAGAAAAAUUGGAAGUCAUUGAGUCCAUGAAAAAAAUUGCUGCACAAAGAGAGGUAAUAGAAAGACAAACUGUUAACCAAAGUUCUUGUCAGAAUUGGUUGGACAUUAGGCGUAAAUUACUUACUGCUUCAAACUUUGGAAGCAUAAUUAACCGUCGUCCAGACACGGGUUGUGAAAAUCUAAUAAAAAAUUUAAUUUAUACUAGUGAUGUUGAUACAAUAGCAAUGGAGUAUGGAAGAAAUCAUGAAAAUGAAGCUAAAAUUUGUUUAGAAAAUUUACUAAGUAUAAAAAUAAGAGAGUGUGGAUUGUUCAUUGAUGAGUUUAAUUAUUUCAUUGGAGCAACUCCAGAUGGAUUAAUUGAUGAAGAUGGCUUGGUCGAAAUAAAAUGUCCUCAAUCAGCUGCAGAUCUGACUCCCGAAGAAGGAAUUGAAAAAAAAAAAAUUAGCUGUUGGAAAAAAACUAAUAAUGGGACCACUUAUGAAAUUAAAAAAAAUCAUAAGUGGUAUUACCAAGUACAGGGACAGUUAAAUGUUUGUCAAAGGGAUUAUUGUAUUCUCGCCGUGUGGACAAAAAAAGGAAUGAAGUAUGAAAUAAUUAAAAGGGACAUUCAUUUUUGGACUACUAUCAUGUUGCCGAAACUUCAAAAUUUUUUUUUCAAUUGCUUUUUGCCGGAAUUGGUCGACCCGAGGCACUCACGUAGUAUGCCAAUACGGAAUCCAGAGUACAUAAUUAGAGCACAAGAAGAAAAAAAAAAUAAACGUUUAAAGCUUCUUUUUAAUUUAUCCAGAGAGCACAGUGAUCAAACUUCUUCAAAUACACAAAUUUCAGUCUCACCUGUACCUGUUGAUGUAGUUCCAAAUCCUGCUCUAACUGAAAAUUGUACACCUGCUAUUUCCCAAGCUGCAAAAGUCUCUUUUUCAUUAUCUCAAGAUGAUGUUAACCUAGCCCAACCAUUAGCUACGUCUAUGGAAUAUGACGUAAAUUCUGAUGUUGAUACGCACAAGCUAGAAACAAGUAUUUCACCUAUCAAGAAUCAUGAACACACUAUAGUUGGACGACGAAUUUUAGAUUUAGCUUAUAUAUGUCAACAAAUUAAAGAAAAAGAUAAUCACGACCCAUACGGUUGCUCAUUUAAGGACAUGGUUUGUGUCAAUGAAAAAAAAAUUGGUUUAAAAUCAUCUUUUGCAUUUAAAUGCAAUUUUUGUCUGAAAACAUAUACAAUUGACUCGGAAAGUUCAGAAGCGAAUAUGACGGAUAUAAAUAUUGCUGCAGUAGCUGGUAUAAUGAAUGUGGGUGGAGGAUUUAGUCAGCUUCAAACUAUGACCGCUUCUUUGGAAAUACCUCCCUUAAGUCAGUUUGUGUACAAUAAGUCACAUGAUAUAGUUUGCAAAUCAUUUAAUGAAUGUGCUCUUAAAGAAAUGGAGGCAGCUGCAAAAGAAGAAGCUCAACUAGCCGUAAGUGCCGGAGACAUAGAUACUGACGGAACUCCCCUUAUUUCAGUAGUUGCAGAUGGAUCCUGGUGCAAACGGUCUUACAGGUCAACUUACAAUUCAUUAUCAGGCGCUGCUGCAAUAAUUGGGUAUAGAACGAAAAAAGUUUUAUUUUUGGGAGUAAAAAAUAAAUACUGUUCAAUCUGUAUUCGUUCUGGUCUUGGUUCAAAAGAAGUUAAAGAACAUUGUUGCACUAAAAAUUGGUCGGAUAAAAAUGGAUCGUCGGGUAUGGAAGCAGCUGUAAUAGUUGAAGGUUUUAAACAAAGUGAACCUAUGUAUGGUAUAAGGUAUCAAAAAUUGAUAGCCGAUGGAGACUCAAGCGUAUACAAAAAAAUUUUAGAAGCAAGGCCUUAUAAAAAUUUAACUGUACAAAAAGUUGAAUGCCGUAACCACCUUCUUCGUAAUUUUUGUAACAAACUUAGAGAUAUAACUACGAAAAAACAAGCAGGUCAAUUAGCUCAUAGAAAAUUGUUAUCACGUAAUAUUCUACGAAUGCGAAAAGGUAUAGUGAAAGCUAUUGAAUAUAGAAAAAAAGAAAAUUCAGUUAUAGGACUCAGAAAUGAUAUUUUAAAUGUUGUCAAUCAUGUUUUCGGUGAUCAUAGUAGUUGCUCAAAAUAUUUUUGUGACAUAACCGACGAUAAUAAUUCAAACGAUAUUAAUUACAUGGAAAAAAUUUUUAGUACAGAUAGAGUGUUUAUAGAUAGCGUAAUGCAACCUAUUAGGUAUCUUGCUAGACAUACUUCAAGCUUGAUACUGAAUGUUGACAGCAAUAUAGUUGAAUCUUUUAAUGCCAUUAUUGCAAAACUUAUAGGAGGGAAAAGAGUGAAUUUUGCUCUAAAAGGGUCAUACGCUGGACGUUGUGCGAUUGCUACAGUUACUAAAAAUUCUAAAAGACCUUUUUAUUCUUUGCACAAGACAAUUUUAAAAAAUAGUCCCUUUAAAAAAUUGCCAUCAGUGAAAAUGGAAAUAACACGACGAGAUAAUCAAUUUCGUCAAAAUAAUCGCUUGACGAAAAAUAAAAGGUUUAAAAAAAAAUUAUUUGGUGUGAAUGACUCAAAUGCUUCAUAUGGAGAAAAUUCAAUGAAACCAGAUAUGAAUGAAAAUGAAUAUAAUAUAGAAAAAUUGGAAGUCAUUGAGUCCAUGAAAAAAAUUGCUGCACAAAGAGAGGUAAUAGAAAGACAAACUGUUAACCAAAGUUCUUGUCAGAAUUGGUUGGACAUUAGGCGUAAAUUACUUACUGCUUCAAACUUUGGAAGCAUAAUUAACCGUCGUCCAGACACGGGUUGUGAAAAUCUAAUAAAAAAUUUAAUUUAUACUAGUGAUGUUGAUACAAUAGCAAUGGAGUAUGGAAGAAAUCAUGAAAAUGAAGCUAAAAUUUGUUUAGAAAAUUUACUAAGUAUAAAAAUAAGAGAGUGUGGAUUGUUCAUUGAUGAGUUUAAUUAUUUCAUUGGAGCAACUCCAGAUGGAUUAAUUGAUGAAGAUGGCUUGGUCGAAAUAAAAUGUCCUCAAUCAGCUGCAGAUCUGACUCCCGAAGAAGGAAUUGAAAAAAAAAAAAUUAGCUGUUGGAAAAAAACUAAUAAUGGGACCACUUAUGAAAUUAAAAAAAAUCAUAAGUGGUAUUACCAAGUACAGGGACAGUUAAAUGUUUGUCAAAGGGAUUAUUGUAUUCUCGCCGUGUGGACAAAAAAAGGAAUGAAGUAUGAAAUAAUUAAAAGGGACAUUCAUUUUUGGACUACUAUCAUGUUGCCGAAACUUCAAAAUUUUUUUUUCAAUUGCUUUUUGCCGGAAUUGGUCGACCCGAGGCACUCACGUAGUAUGCCAAUACGGAAUCCAGAGUACAUAAUUAGAGCACAAGAAGAAAAAAAAAAUAAACGUUUAAAGCUUCUUUAAUAUUUUGUUUUAAGUAAUAUUGAGUUUUGUUAAAGUAUAUAGUUUAAGUAUAUACAAAUAUUAAGUUUUUUUUUACAAUGUACCUUAACAUAUUAUGAAAUCGUCUAUACGUUAAAAUAAAAUAAAAAUAUUAUUUAUAUAUUCGUUUAUGAUUUAUUGUCUUACUUAUAUAUACACAUAUACAUUACAAACAUAAAUUAAUAUAAUUAAUGACUAAGGGACAUUCGUAUUGCCGGUUGUACUAGGUUUCUACUAAAUGCUAUUCACUGACGACUGACCGUGAGAGGUGGAACAUUUAAAUUAUUAUAUCCCCAAAAUACCUAUUGAUUUGCAUAGUAAUAAUAUUGGAAUACAAGCGUAUAUAAUAAUAGGUCAAUAAAAGUAUAAUAGGUUAUGCGUCUGUAAAAAUAAAAUUACCAAAGCGUAUGCGAAGCGUACCGUAAAUUAUUAAAUAAAUCGAACGUUGCGUCGCGCUUGAAUUGUGUAGUCAAUACGAGUAGUAUUGAGAGAAUGAUGCGCCGCUCCCGGAGACGGUUUCAAUCACUCGCUCACGCGUCGGUAAGCGACCGAAGUGGGCGUGGUAUAAAGCAUUGCGUGAGAGGUUUUACGACAUCUAGUGAGCGUUGUUACGUUUUAGUUUUACUGUCGAAGACCC